UGAGCCGAGUUCCGCGUCGGAAGCCAUGGCCGCCUGAGAGGCUGCUCUCCUCGGCCCGCAGGGAGAUGGGCCUGCCCCGGCUGGAGAAGAGGCCCGGAGACCCCCCGAGCGAAGAUAGCCAUUGUUGAUCGGUAAUUUAAAGAUCUGCACUUUCCUUAUCGAAGAGGCAUAUUACCCUCACUACUAACAUGCCUGCUGUGGCUUCUGUACCUAAAGACCUGUACCUCUGCACUUCCUUGAAAGAUCUUAACAAAAAGACUGAAGUAAAACCUGAGAAAACCAGCACUAAGAGCUAUGUGCAGAGUGCCCUUAAGAUCUUCAAAGCGGCUGAAGAGUGCCGAUUGGACAGAGAUGAAGAGAAGGCAUAUGUACUUUACAUGAAGUAUGUGACUGUCUAUAACCUUAUUAAUAAGAGGCCUGAUUUCAAACAGCAACAAGAUUACUUUCACUCCUUACUUGGACCUACAAACAUUAAAAAAGCUAUUGAAGAAGCUGAAAGGCUUUCGGAGAGUCUGAAGCUCAGAUAUGAGGAAGCAGAAGUACGGAAGAAACUGGAAGAAAAGGAAAGGCAAGAAGAGCUGCAGUUGAAAAAGCAGGAAGCAAAAGAUGAUACAAAGGUUUCAGCCAAAACCUCGUCAGAAACGUCUUCAGAUUUGAAAGGGAAAAAUCAAAUUAUCAAUGGUGAGAAGAAAGGUUCGUCAGAAAGGAAGGAUCAACCUGAAAGUGGAGGGAUUACAGCGGAGAAACUGUUUACCAUGAUGAUGGACAAAAGCAUCAAGCUGAUGGUCAUGGAUGCCCGAAGCCUGAAGGAUUAUAAGGAGUCCUGCAUUGUAAACUCCAUCAGCGUUCCAGAAGAGGCUGUCAGCCCUGGAGUCACUGCUAACUGGAUCGAAGCUAAACUCCCAGAUGCUUCUAAAGAGCCGUGGAAAGAGAGGGGGCAAGUCAAUUAUAUUGUUCUGCUUGACUGGUUUAGUUCUGCGAAAGACGUGCAGUUAGGAACACCCCUGCGGAGCCUCAAAGAUGCACUUUUCAAGUGGGAAAGUAAAGCUGUCCUGCAGAGUGAGCCCUUGGUCUUAGAAGGCGGAUAUGAGAAUUGGCUUCUCUGCUACCCCCAGUACACAACAAAUGCAAAAGUAACUCCGCCCCAACGCAGCAAGAGCGAAGCCGUUUCUGUCUCUUUGGAUUUUACGUAUCCCUCUUUGGAAGAGCCGGCUCCACCUGUGCUACCAGUUGUCCGUGUAAAACCUUCCGUCGUAGAAAUGACAGAAAGACCCGAAAUCACAAAUGAUAAAGAAGGGCGAGGAGAGGCACUGAACCCAGCAACUCCUGGCGGACCCGUUGCUGCUGCUCAGGCUAACAGUGCAUCUGCUGCCGACCAGCCCGUAUCUGCUGCGAAGAGUAUCCCGCAGAUUGAUCGCACGAAAAAGCCUUCAGGAAAAAUUCCAGAUGAUGCUAAUAGGUCAAAAGCUGAGAGCCCAACUGCUGGCAAGCAGCUGAUUUCAAACGGAAGAGCAGUUCCAGACCGUUCCACAAAGCCAGCAUUGGAGGCAAAACCCAGUCUGGCAGAGGAAGAGAAAAGCAAGCAAGAAAAAGAGCUGCAGGAGAAACAGCAGGAAGAGCAGAGAGAGAGGCUCAGACAGGAAAAGCGAGACCAAAGGCAGAAAGCAAGAGAGGAGCAGGAGGAAAAGGAGAGUCAGGACGAUCUCCAAAAAGCAACAGAAGAAAUGGAGAGGAGAGAGAGAGAAGCACAGGCCAGCAAAGGGGCGGAUGAAAAGCAGGAGCUGGAGAAAGCCCACACAGAGGCCAAAGAAGUUAAAAAAACAACUCACAUUGGGAACGAGACCCCUGAAGCAAGGAAACGAGACCUUGGCAGCAGUUUUGUCAGUGAAAAAGAAAAAGUUACCCGGACACCGGAAGCACAAAGGCGGAAAUUUGCAGAGGAGUCCAGGGUGCCUGUGAGGGGGGAUUUGGUCACAAGCAAGCCGACUGGGCUUAAAGGACAUCCAGAGACAGACUCUCAAAAGCCAGGAGCCAGUAGAGAGGAUACUGAACAAGAUUCUGAAAGAAAUAAAUCCCAACGGGAGCCAUUAACAAGAGCACGGAGCGAGGAAAUGGGGAGGAUAGUGCCAGGACUGCCUUCUGGUUGGGUGAAGUUUCUUGAUCCAGUCACUGGGACCUUUCGCUAUUAUCAUUCCCCGACCAAUACCGUCCACAUGUACCCACCGGAAAUGACUCAGUCAGCCACACCUCCUUCUACACCACCAACUCAUAAACCAAAGCCUCAGGCCGUUGUUGACCAGCGGGAGAGGGAACACUCCAAGCUGAAGCGCUCUUACUCUUCGCCAGACAUCACUCAGGCCAUUCAAGAGGAAGAGAAAAAGAAAAACACCAUCACUCCUGCAGUUAAUCGCGAGAAUAAACCCUCAAGCUAUACAAAAGCUGAAAUAUCGAGGCUUUCUGCUUCUCAGAUUCGGAAUCUCAACCCUGUUUUUGGCGGAUUGGGACCAGCUCUUACAGGCCUUCGAAAUUUAGGAAACACUUGCUAUAUGAACUCGGUGUUACAGUGUCUUUGCAAUACACCCCAUCUGGCAGAUUAUUUCAACAGAAACUUCUAUCAAGAUGAUAUCAACAGGUCAAAUCUCUUGGGGCAUAAAGGGGAAGUGGCAGAGGAGUUUGGCAUAAUCAUGAAGGCUCUCUGGACUGGGCAGUACAGAUAUAUUAGUCCCAAAGAUUUUAAAGUCACCAUUGGGAAGAUCAAUGACCAGUUCGCAGGGUACAGUCAGCAAGACUCUCAAGAACUGCUCCUGUUCUUAAUGGAUGGUCUCCAUGAAGACUUAAAUAAAGCUGACAACCGAAAGCGCUGUAAGGAAGAAAACAACGAUCAUCUCGAUGACUUCAAAGCCGCUGAACUUGCCUGGCUCAAGCACAAGCAGCUCAACGAAUCGAUCAUUGUGGCGCUCUUCCAAGGCCAGUUCAAAUCAACGGUGCAGUGUCUGACGUGUCACAAGAAGUCCCGGACUUUUGAGGCUUUUAUGUAUCUGUCCUUGCCCCUCGCAUCCACUAGUAAAUGCACUCUACAGGAAUGCCUUAGAUUAUUCUCCAAAGAAGAAAAAUUGACUGAUAACAACAGAUUUUAUUGUAGCCAUUGCAAGACUCGAAGAGAUUCUUUAAAAAAGAUAGAAAUCUGGAAGCUGCCUCCUGUCCUUUUAGUGCACUUGAAAAGAUUUUCCUAUGAUGGACGAUGGAAGCAAAAACUACAAACAUCUGUCGAUUUCCCUCUGGAAAGCCUUGACCUGUCACAAUACAUUAUUGGUCCAAAAAGCAACUUGAGGAGAUACAACCUGUUUGCAGUAUCUAAUCAUUACGGAGGGCUGGAUGGAGGACACUACACGGCAUACUGCAAAAACGCUGCCAAGCAGCGCUGGUACAAGUUUGACGACCAUGAAGUCUCCGAUAUCUCCUCAUCCUCUGUUAAGUCCUCGGCUGCUUAUAUCCUUUUUUACACUUCUCUUGAACAGCGAGUGGCUGACCUCGUCACAUAAAGCAACAUUACUGGAGAAUAUUGGGCCCUGUCUCUCUUUUUUUUUAAAUAAAUGCACCACAACGCAAGGAGCUGUGACACAUAUAAGGUCACAGGCUGAGUAAGGAGAUGGCUGCCGUGGUUUCUUAGUGAAGACCCUCCUUCCUCUUACCGCUGUUGCUUAACAUCCGAAAAGCCAAUGGUUAACAAGGCUGUUUAGCGCGAAGCAAUUCAUUUCAAAAGAUUUUAUUUUGUAAUGCUGCUCCAAAACUAUAAAUCUAGUUUAGCCAUUCCAUAGGCAUUUAACACACAGGGUUUUUGAGAUGUUCCAAAACCCAAAGCAUAUCUUUUAAUUUUCUCUGUCCACGUUUAUGGCCUUUUCACACUUCUAACCUUAAGCUUGAUUCUACUGUGAAUAUCCUAGAAAUGAUGUAAAACAGGUAGGAAUGUAAUGUGUAUAUAUCGGUUGCAUACUUGCACAUCCAAACUAUUGUAUAUAAGAGGGUAUGUGGUCCUUCAGUGAGCACUACUGGAGUGGGAAGGAUUGCUUCUUGUUUUGUCGAAAUACUUUAAUUCUUACAGAUAGGGAAGGGCAGAGCUGUAUUUUUCUGUUGAGCUUAUAUAAAUCUGUGCACACACACCUUAAUGUAUUCUAAAGAACUGAGAUGACUUUUCCUUUUUAAUAUUUAAUAUAAGAAUUUCAUGUACUCAUGCAUUAAAACCUCCAGAAAAUUAUUUGAAAGUA